UUUGUGAUUUUAAAAGGAAGGGACUAAAUCGAGCUAGAAAAAAGUCGAACCAAAACUGGCUCGUGUUCUGUUUCGCUGCGUCCAAGGACCUUGGCUUCACAGAUUAAGGCAUAUCAGAUGAUCAGGAAGUUUUGUUUAUUGGAGCAGUGACCACAACAGAAGAGCAGAGAGGGACUUUCCAAUAUAUUAGCAGUCUUCACACACUGAGCCGCAAAAGCAGAACACACUAAGCGACAGAGUAAGUCGGUGCCGACGAAGCAGCAUCUGCCUUGUACUUGGAGACAAUCUCAAGAAAGGAAGGAUGCAGGCAUCGCUGACAAUUCCUGAUUGCAUUGGGAAAGGAGAAGUGGCUCAGGAUAACCAGGGUCACAUUUAAUCAGACCAGAAGAGUACAACAGAUUUCAUUCCUGAAGGACUUCAGUGAACCAUAAUUUUUUAUUACCUGAAUUGGGAUUUUAGAGCUGGUAAACUUGCAAUCGAAGAUCUCCAUCAUGUUCCUUCUACCUGCUUAUCUUGCAAUCCAUCUUGCAUUAUCAGUUGGAUCGAGUAGUAAGAUCCUAGACCUCCAGGUAAAUCUGACUCAUGUAAAUCCACCGACAGACCUUAAGAUUGUAGAUGGCCAGUUUGGAGACUUCAAUUUCUCCUGGAAUAGCAACCUCACUGAAGACCUACUGAAUGGUUAUAAAGUUAAAUAUGUAUUUGAGUAUAGAUACCACGACAAGGACCGCUGGGAAAAUGACGGCAGACUACCAACAGAAGAACAUGAAAGCAAGUUUGAGUUACAUAGGGGUGUUUCUAUAAGAAUUAGAAAUGUGCUCCUAAGUGAAGAAACUGUGCUCAGGAAAAGCAACUGGACUGAAAAGAUGAUACGGUCACCAGGUAAUCGAGAAACAUUAGCAUCCAACUUUUCAUGUGUUUUAUAUAAUCAUUCAUUCAUGAAUUGCACAUGGCAUCCUGGCAACAAGCUCCCGAUUGGCUCACAAUACAGAAUGUAUUACAAAUAUCUUGGCAACGCCAUGGAAUGUGCUCACUACUUUACAGACUUGCAAGGGAGACAAGGCUGCCAUAUUGGUAAAAUGGUCAUCGAACAAGAUGACCUAGAAGAGCCUUUACUAAUAUGUGUCAACGGAUCGAAUAAUUCUACAUCAAUAUCGCCGUAUUACGUGCAAAUUAAUCCACAAGAGUUUGAGAAGUACAAUCCACCGCACAAUGUUAAGAUCUUUCCAAAUCUGACUGUAACGUGGGACAAGCCUGCAGGCUAUAAUAUCAACGAUGAUUGCUUCGGAUAUCAACUGCAACUCACAGAAUUGGAUGGGAAUAACAUUAAGGUGCUCCAUGUGAAAGGUGAAACCAAACGUAUUCUAAAUACCAAUUUAGCAAAACGUUACUCAGUGAAAGUGCGAACAAAGAUGGAGGUCUGCUUGGAGACCAAGUAUUGGAGUGAAUGGAGUGUCGAAGCAUUUAUUGAACCCAAGGAGUUACUUAAUGGACGGGUUGUGGCAAUUGUAUUGCUUAUGACUGCUGUAAUGACAAUACUGCUUAUGAGCUUAAUUUUCCGAAGGUACAAAGACUUCAUAUUCAGACAAGUUCCUGAUCCUCAGAAGAAUUUCAAAGAAUUGUUUGAAGAAUACAAUGGUGAUUUUCAGAAAUGGCUUGGCUAUCAGAUACCAACUUCUAAAUAUGAAGAAUGUUCAACGGUUGUCAUUGAAGAACGCACAAGACCUGAAGCACAAGUUAAGAAAUGUUCUUUUUCCAUCACAACAGACCUGUUCACAGCUGAAGAUUAUCGUCAUUCCAUGUGUAAAGCAGUGGACCAGAUUUCUUAAUUACCAACUUCUCUUGCUUAAUAUAACCCUGAAGCAGGGUCUUAACCAGAAGUAUCAACAAUUCCUUUCUCCCCAUAAACGCUACUUGACCACUGAGUUCCUCCAGUAGAUUUUUUGUUUCUUCAUCAAUAUCAUCUUUAUUUAUUUGUACUACAUACAUUGAAACAUGCAGUGAAGUGCAUCAUUUGCAUCACAUCAAGACAGCGAAGAUUGUACUGGACUUUAAGCAGCAACAUAGAAAAUAUAGAAUGCCCACAACUCACUAACCCUAAUCUAUGCAUCUUUGGAAUGUGGGAGGAAUCAUGGAACAACUGGGGGAAACCCACAUGGUCACAGGGAUAAUAUACAAACUCUUGAAAGACAGUGGCGGGAUUUGAACACCAAUCGGUGAUUGCUUGUGCUAUAACGCGAUUCGCUGAUGGCAACGUUACCAUGCCAAUUGUCAUUGUCAGUAAAGAUUCCUCAUGACCAAGAUUGAUGAGCUGAAACAUUAACAUAGAUUGCUGAGUAAUUUCAGUAUCACUGAUUUUAUUACAAAUGAUUCAAUUUAGGUUUCUUCUCUGAGAGCAAUAAAAAUGAACCGAGAAGACAUUUCAAAUUUCAUCAGCUGCAUUUGUCGAAACUCAGCCUCAUUCCUUCAGAUAAGACGUUUCUACUUGCUCCCUUUGUGAUAUACCCACAGACAGAUAAUGACUGAUCAACAAUGUAUCAUACCAAAUAAUUUUUGUUCUAUAUACAGUGCAUGCAUCACUUCUCAACUGUGAAAAUAGAUAAGGAAAUAUUGAAAAAAAAGAAAUAAUGAACACAUAGUUCUAACUAUUUUUAUAUUUCUUUACUGAUAGUUUUAUCUGUUUUUAUAUAGUAUGAAAUGUAUGAUUUUAUUGAAGAAAAAUAAAAGAGGUGUCCAUUUAAAACAGACGCAGAGAAAGCUAUUUAGCCAGAGGGUGGUGAAUUUGUGGAAUUUAUUACCACAGGCAGCUUCGGAGGCCAGGUUGUUAGGUGUAUUUAAAGCAGAGAUUGAUUGACCACGGUAUCAAAGGUUAUGGGGAGCAGGCCGGGGAUUGGGACU